AUGGUGUUGACGUUCGGUCGUGAGCCGCUUUUACAUCAGCGGUAUAAAAAUUUAGAAAUUAUUAACGUUGAAGAAUUGCCUGAAAUUGUAUCAAAGUAUAGAAAAGAUCCUCCCAAGGAGAAAAAGAGCAAAGAAGAAGAAAUACAUGAUUUUCCCAACUUUAUUCGUGAUCAACAACAAGAAAGGAAGGGCGGCCCUCUAGGAUAUCUAGAUUCGGAGCGUUAUAUUAAAACGAUCAAGAAGAAAAUUGUACACCAUGAUGUAAAUUAUCCUAAGCGUGCUAAAGAUGUUGUCAGCUUGAGUCAACAAAUGACGGAUCAUGAACAGCAGUUUGGACAACAUAUGAAAGCUAUCGAAGAUCAUAUGUGGAAGCAUAAACAAGAAGAGCGUGAAUUAAAACGUGCUGAAGGAGAUAUCAUCAAAUCACAACAGACAUUGCGAAGAACGAUGAGAGUUAUUGAAAAGUCAAUUAGCAAGAAAGAUCGAGCGGAAGAGCAAAUGAUUCGAGAAAAUGAUGAACGAAUAGUUAGUACUAAAAGACAGCAUGAUCGAUUAAAGAUCGAGGAUACUAAAUUUUCCAUUAACGAUCGGAUAAACUUCUCUCAAAAAAUUAAAGACGCUGGAAGAAAGCACACAUUAGUAUCAAACGAGCUAAAAAGGAAGUACGAAGCAGUAGCCGCUAAGUUAGCAUUGAAAGAGCAAGAGCUAGAACAUUUAUCAUCAGACUUUCAGCAAAAAUUUAAACAUAACGAGGAAGAGCAAUUUAAACUAAAACAAGAGCUCGCAGAUUUAUCUUUAUCGACCAAUAUGGAACUACAAGCAAGUAGAAAGAAGAUCUUGGAAGAUCAAGAAGUUCAUAAGCAACUUAUAUCAUCGAAACUUCGCGAUAGCUUAGAUAAAGAUGUUGAAGUUGAAAAAAAUCUAAAUACUAUGGAAAGUGUAUCCAAUCAGUACUACUUUAAUAAAAGAAGGUUUAGUAACGAACUUCGAAAUGCGAAGGAGUCUCUAUCGGAGAAGAGUCGCGAUGAAGGAAGAGCAAUGACUGAUAUUCGUACUAACUUGCAACGUAAUUCACAAGCGCAACGAAGGGCUCAAGAAAACGCAGAAUAUUUAGUUAGAGAAGCCAAAAGGCAACAAAUGAUCGAUAAAGUCGAGCAAGUGGAGGCUCGAAGAAACGCUGUCUUAGAAAUGCAAAUUCGUGGAAAAAAGCAGAGAAGUCAAGUAAAACUAGAUGAUUGGCAAAAAAGGUUGAAAGAGAGGAAUUACAAUAGUACUAGACGACGGCAUGAAGAUGCUGUAAAGCAAUUGAAGAGGAUUGUCACUAAAGAGGAAGCUGCAGAAUAUAAUUUGUAUACAAAGGUCAGGGAACACGGUAGUAUGUAUCGAAAGCAGGAGCAAAUUCAGAACAAGUUAAUGAAAGAUCUAAUAUUGUUAAAAGAAGAUAACGAAGCUAAAUUAAGGCGCGCAGCGGCUGCAAUGCGCAAGAUGGAACUAGAGCUAGAACAUCAAAUAAGAAAGCAAGCAAGUGAACGCGAUAAGCAUUUCCAUGCAAGAAAUGAAAGCCAAAAACUGUUACAUCAUCAUAGACUUCGAGCAGAGGAAGACAAACAUCUUCUAGUAGAGGAAGAGAGGGAACAUAAUCGAUUGCAACGUAUAGGCACAAAAUCGGAGGAUUAUACGGUCUUGCAGCCGAUUUAA